UACAGGGGAGGGAGUGGUGCGGCUUCAGAGCAGGAAGGUGAAUGGGGAAAGAUGCGGUGGACGGUGGCCGCAUGAGAACGUACCACGCAGGAAGCGAAGCGGUGUUGGGGAUACUUAAAUUGCGCGGUGAGAGUUCCGCUUCUUUUCCCUGAUGAAUCAUGCCCAAAGCAGGGGUCUUUCGUGUAGGACUUGGUGCAGUUCUGGGAGCAGCUGCAGGAAUAGGUCUCAUCUUUUACUUCUACAAACAGAAGAGAAAGAAGUCCAGUCAGAAAAGCAACUCAAGAUAUCCAAAUGUACAUUGUCAGCAAAAUGCUAUGUACCUUCAGGAUCAUACUGAAACCCUUCAGCCUUAUAAUCAGGUUCCAUGGAUGAGACCAGAACCAGUGGAGGGUGGUGAUAGUGUUCCAUAUACAUCUCUUCUAACACAUGAAGAGCAGGCUGAAGUCCUGAACCGCCUUGAUUUGGUGCUCCGAAGCCUUAUAGAGCUACGGCGUGAAGUGGAAGAAUUACGGAAUAGCCUACAGACUUUAGCUGGAGGAAUUAUUGGAGAAGUCAGGUCCCAUCUAGAAGAAAGCCAAAAGGUUAUUCGGCGGCGGCGUUUUAUAUAUCCCAGAGAAAGAAGCGAUUCUACAGGAUCCAGCUCAAUAUAUUUCACAGCCAGCUCAGGAGCAGUCAACACAGAUGAUGGAGAAAGUGAGGGGGGCUAUACUACAGCCAAUGCUGAAUCAGAUUAUGAUAGGGAAUCUGAUAAAGAGAGUGAUGAAGGAGAAGAUGAAAUCAGCUGUGAAACUGUUAGAACUGCAAGGAGAGAUUCCCUGGACCUUGUCAAUGAAGAUGAAGCAGUGUUGAGUUUGGAUACCGCUUCAGAAGAAGAACUUGCUCAGUUGCUACACCAAGCAGAUCACUUACACAGAGGAACUGACCAGGAGAAGAGAGAAGGAUUCCAACUACUGCUUAACAAUAAACUUGUGUAUGGGGACAAGCAGGAUUUCCUUUGGCAUCUGGCCCGAGCUUAUAGUGAUUUGUAUGAAAUCACAGAGGACCCAGAUGAGAAGAAAUCCUAUGCCUGUGAUGGCAAAGAAGAGGCUGAAGUGGCUUUGCAGUUAGGAGAUCAAAGUGCUGAGUGUCACCAAUGGUAUGCUAUUCUGUGUGGUCAGUAUUCAGAACAUGACAGCAUACAAAAGCGCAUUCAGGCAGGGCAUGUCUUUAAGAAACAUAUAGAUGAAGCCAUCGCUCUGAAACCAGAUGAUCCCAAAUCUUACUAUCUCCUAGGUCGGUGGUGUUACCAGGUUGCUCAUUUGGGAUGGCUGGAAAGGAAAACUGCUUCUGCUUUAUAUGAAGAACCUCCCGUAGCCACUGUCCAAGAUGCACUGCAAAACUUCUUAAAGGCUGAAGACCUAUGCUCCGGUUUUUCAAAAGUGGGAAGAAUAUAUAUUGCCAAGUGCUACAAGGAGCUGGGGGAUAAUUCUGCAGUGGCACAUUGGUUGACUCUGGCUUCAGAGUUGCCAGUUAUCACAAAAGAGGAUGCAGAAGGCAGCAGAGAAAUGGAAGAGAUGCAAGCAAUGUCCAAUGACUAAGGAAGCUUCAAUCCUCCAUUCGUAUAAUGAGCAGUGAAGAAACUUCCAGUAUAGAAGAUCUGUGAACCUCAGUGGGCUUCACGAACAAACCACACAAUGAAAACAAUAAAGCUGCUAUUGCAGCACUUCUUUCUUAAAUAUUGUAGUUGGCAAUACCAAAUGUUUAAAGAAAUGUAAUUCAGCUCUCUCCCUUAUCACAAAAUAAGAUGAUCCUAAUUAACUCCUGUGUUUACCUGUUUGCAGAAUAGAUGCUGGCAAAUUCAUUAGUAUUUUUUCAUACUAUCUUUUGAAUAUUUCCCAUCCAGAAAUCUCCAGUACAUAAAAAUUUAAAAUAAUUUCUGGGGAAAUCGAGAUGGCACUAUAAAAUAAGAAGAGUUGUUUAUAGCAUCCCUAUCAUUUAUUUUUAUUUUUGAUCGAAUUAGUCCUUGCAAGGGCUCCUAAGUGCUUUGUCCAUGUCGUUUAAAACAUCUGCUGAGUUUUAAUACCUAUAUUUUGCUCAUAGAGAGCAAAGAGCAGUUUGGAAUGCCGUUGACUUAAGAAAAAAUGGUGAGGAAAUUCUUUUAUUUUUCCCUUCUUCCCAGUACCAUAGCUCUGAAUUUCCCUGGUGACUGCUUCAGUCUAAAGAAAUAUCAUGAAAAAUAGUUGAUAAAUUGUCUGAAUUUUAUCUAGUGCGGAACGAGCCUAUCGAUCAUGGCCUUUUGAGCAAAUUGAUUGCCUUUGCUGCAUAGUAUAUAGAUUCUGAUGUCUUCUGUUUAAGAUGUUCGUUGGUUUUGUGUGUAAAAAUAUAUGUGGCACAUGACUCAAAUAUUUGAAAAGUCUAGAGAGCGAAAUGGUAAAAUCUCCUGCAGAUGCUGUUCACUUUAUUUCAUUUUCUUCAAAAUGGUCAGGUAUUGUCACUAUGAAUUAUGCCAAAAUUCAUAUUUAGGUGUGAUUUAAUAAUAUAAGGGUAAGAGUGCAAAUUAAACUAGGUUACUAUUCAGGAAAUUAGAGUUAUCUUUCCCCAUAACAAAUAAUUGAAAAUUUUCUGUUGAAAUGCAAACCUAUUGGUUUUUUCAUGUCCAAAUAGUUAUUUUUACUAGUUGACAGCGUAAAGGUAUUUGGAAGGUACAUGGUAUGCUGUCCUUUCUUGGAAUAGCACACAGCACCCAUCUGCAGCAUUUUCAGAGUCUGAGAUGUCAGAGCACCUGCUUCCAGUUCCUAAAUAUGUUUUUGAAAGAAAGAACAUCACUGCCAGAAAGAACACUGUUAAGAACAAAAAAAAAAAAAGGAUUUUCUUCAAUUGCUGGGUUUAAAAAAUACAUACCAAUGCAUUUCCCCCUAGUUGUCUUUAAAGUACAUUCUCUGCAAUCCUGACUAUCUUAUGUCUAUUCUAGAGUACAGCGUGGAAAGAAAAUUGUGUUGAAAAAAUAUAUUAGAAAGAGAAGAACCACACAUAUUUGCAGAGACUCUAUAAAUUAAUAAACUGAGUUGUGUCAGAGAUGUACGUAACACAGAUAACAUCAGUGAAUAUGAGAUGGAAUUAGAUUACUAGUGGGUUUCUACUUGUUGUAGACCAAACUGUUUUCCAGAAUGCAGUAUAGCUGUUUUCUAUGUGUGCUCUGAUUUUUGGCAGAUACUUUUGAAACUAUCAUUUCGUAAUAGCUAGAGCUAUAUUAUUACAGUGAGGUUUAAUACAAUGUGCCAUGUUGGACAUUUUUAUACAGUGAGAUCAGAGAAAACUUACAAGAAUUUUAUCCCUUUUCAUAAAGCUGGAUAUUCCAUUACUCUUAGAUUGCUUUUUUUUUUUAAUUUUACAAAAUAAUGUGGAAGAGAAAGCAAUAUUUCAGUCCAGAAGUAUUGUAUUUUCCCUGUUUUUCCACAUUUGUACCCCGAAACAUCUAGAUCCUAUCUUAAUCUUAAGUAUGCUUCCAAACUAACAUAUUAAAUCCCAAAUUUCGCUUAGAUCACAGAGAAAUGUGAUGCUGCUAAGAUUGUAAAAUCAAAUUUUUUGCAUAGGGAUUACUAUAAUGUUACAUGAUCAGGUGGUGAGAAUAUGCUGAAACACUGAUCUAAAGAGUUCGUUUUAAAAUCUGUGGCCUUGUUUGCAGAGAAGCAGCCCAUUCCAGGGUUGAUAGCUUUGUUAAUGUUUGCUCUCAGAACCCUAGCUGCAUCUAUUUAGGAAAUAUUUUAGAAUUGAGUUUUGAGAUGUAAUUUUGUCACUUCCAUCAUUUCCAAAACAUCUUUUUCUGCUGUGACUUAGGGGACUUUCAUCUUUGUGUGUAACUUUUAUAUAACUGACUGUUUUGUGAUUAAACUUAAUUAACUUUUCCUUUCUCUGCUUUAAAGAUUGUAGCCAAAGUGAACAUGCAGAUACUUGAUAUUUGACUUUCAUAAGAAGUUGACCAGUCUGCUGGUGCAUGUUUGUGCACUGAAAAUUGCUGGAGUGGCAAAUUGUGUAAAUGUUUUAGGUCUACUAAUUAAAGCAUCAGCUACCUAUUUUAAUAACCUUUUAGCACCAGCCUCAUUGUCAAAAUCAACGUGCAAUUCUAUGUCAUACUACCCAGGUGUAGACCUCAUUCAGACUUGCCACUGAGUAAAUAUGUACAGGAUUGCACUGCAUUGUAAUACUUUGCUGGAUUUGCCACCUUUUCACAUUCCAUAUUAAUUUUUCUGAAUUAGGACCUUGAAUGAUUCCAUAUUUGUUGACAAAUGUGUGAAAGCAUUUUUGCUGUAGGAUAUUCUUGGAUUGCAUUACAAAUACUUUAAAAUUGCAUACAACCAUACUGUAGUGUAACAUGGUUGCUAAAGUAGUUGUUGCAACAAUAAAUAAACCUGAUUAAAAAGGCACUGAGGUUAGGAAGUUAGAAUAUAUCAGUCCUUGAUGCUGGUACGAACUGUCUUCCUUAUAGUAUCCUAGUGUCAGCUUCUAGAUCUAGACAACAAUGAAUGGAUGAUAUUUUUGAUUAAAAGAAGAGAUUUGGUAUGACUAAAUUCAAGAGGAGUAGUAGGUGGAAUAUUGCCCACUGAUUGCAUUCUUUUCCCCCAAGAAUAACUGCCUUGAAGAAGAUACUGGCAGAUGGAAUCAGUUUAGGGGUUUUGAAGGCUGGAAGAAAAAGCCUUGAUACAUUGCUCAAGCUACCUACGUUGUUUGUCCCUAAUGCAAGGAAACCUUCUCUUACAGUUCUUUCCGCUUCUUUGCUUUGAGAGUAGUGUUUUGAAUAGUAUUCCACACCUCCAAAGAUGCCUGUGAAAUUGCUUUAAGUAAUUAAGAGUAAUUUUGAAUGGGAUAACUUAAAUUGUGGAGGAGAGAAACCUUUGUUCAAAGUAUGCAUGUGUAACUAUACUUAUUUUGCUGAUUAACUAUGAAAUUAAGGGUGGAUAUACUUAUUUUGCUGAUUAACUAUGAAAUUAAGGGUGGAAAUACUUUACAAAUGCACUGCCACCCUUCUGUGGGCACUGAAGAGUCAUGGGGGAAAUGGUAACGGAAAAGGACAUGUUGAUUUACUGACAUUGAGAUACUUACUUUGAGUCUCUUAAAGAGGGCAAAAGAAUUCUCCAUAAAAAAUUCCUGAUUGUAUUUUUGUUCUUUAAAAAAGCUAAUAUAUGAAUUGACUGUACAAUAAUUUUAACUUUGACUCAACUUUAUUUGAAAUAAAAGUAAAAACACUG